AUGGCCCCCCGUGAAAACCUUCCACGCUAUUUUGCCAAGUCCGGUCCAACUGACGCGGAUCCACGCAAGACAAAGAAAGAUGGAGGUGGCAAGGGCAAUUGGGGUCGCUCCGGAGACGAAGUGCAGGAUUAUGGUUAUACCAUGAACAAUGCUCGGCGUCGUUCUAACAGCAGCACGCAAGGCUUGGCUGACUUCAGGACCAAGUUUGAAACGAUCGAGCCUGAGCCGGUCUUCGAGGAACAGCUCCACGGGGCAGCUGACGUGACCGUGGCUGAUGAGAGCACCGUGACUAAAGUCGAGAGUACCAGCAGCAGCAACGACAGUUAG